GUUUUACACGUGUGUUGUGUUAUAGUUGUAUCAAGCCAUUUCGCGGUUAGUUAAAGUUUGUUUAUCUUCAAUUCUUGUGUUAGUUUUAUUUAAUUGUUUUAGAUUAGGCGUUUUACAAUCCUACUUAUAACUCUUUAUGUGAUGUAAAAUAACAAACAAAUAUUAAAUGAAAGAAAAACUAUAGAAAACUUAAAGGUACUUAAAAAAUACCUUAUUUUCAUCUACAAUGAAAAAGUUUGGAUUUUGUGACUUGAAUAUCUCCAUUCCUUCACAUCAGUUUAAGGAAAAAUGUUUGGAAGAACUUGUAUCACUGGGCUACAAAACUGUUGCAUUGAACACUACAGUGUAUGAAGAGAAAAAUGAAACCUCUAAGAAGAAGAAAAGUCAAAACAAAGAGGUGAUUCCUCCUCCACAAGCAACUUUGGAUUCUGAGGAAGUGCAAGGAAAGCUUCAGAUAUUGCAGCGCAUUACUUUGCACUUUUCAGAUGCAAAUCAAUUACAAAAACUUACUAAGUCAGAGAACACAAAAAAGUAUGAUAUAGUGUCUGUAGUACCCAAGUCAUUCACUGCAUUCCAGCUGGCUUGUGCGUGCAAAGACAUUGAUCUCAUCAGCUUUGAUGCAAGUGAGCAUCCAAUAUUCAUGAAUCGCAAGACAUAUAAUCUGGCAGUAGCAAAUAGUAUAUACUUUGAAGUACCCUAUGCACCUGCAAUAGCGGAUUCGGGAAAGCGGAGAACUACGAUACAAGUAGCACAUGCCUACCAUACCUACGGAAAGUCUAAGAAUAUUAUUCUGUCAAGUGGAAUUACUGACUUUCUCAAGCUCAGAAGUCCAUAUGAUGUUGCUAAUCUAGCACUUCUAUUUGGACUGAGUGAGGAACAAGCUAAAAAUUCUAUGCUUGACACAUGCAGAGCAUUAAUUCUUCGAGCGGAGGGCAGGAGAUUUAGCAGGACAGCGAUGACAAUGAUGAUUACUGAUCUUGACCUAGAUUCUGACGGUGAGCCGAUGGCCAAGAGGUACAAGACAACUGAAGAUUCUGACAGUGACAUGUCAUGACUUCACAUGUAUAAUUGUAAAUAAUUAUUGUUUAUUAAAUAAUUUCUUGUUUUAUAAUAA